CCCUCCGUCACCUUCCAUCUCCCUCCCUCUUGCUAGCUCGCUCUUGCGUGCAGACGCACCGCGCGUAUACGAAGUACGAACUCUCACGACUGGCACACGAAAAAGCGCGGAGGACAUCUUGAAUCGCGUAGUGGAACGACGUUUUAGACGGCAGCCAUCUUGCGAUCCCUAAUCAAAGAUCUCCUCUCUUGUCUGUGUGCUGUGCGGGCCAAGCGGGUUUUUACGUUUCCUCUGGUGUUCCAGGCAAAGGCCGGAUUCCCAAUUACCACACAACACAGACCGUCAAAUGGCUUUGAAGCGGAUCAACAAGGAACUUCAGGACCUUGGAAGGGAUCCACCCGCACAGUGCUCAGCUGGCCCAGUUGGAGAUGACUUAUUUCACUGGCAGGCAACAAUUAUGGGUCCACCUGACAGUCCUUACCAAGGAGGAGUUUUCUUCUUAACAAUACAUUUUCCUACAGAUUAUCCAUUUAAACCUCCAAAGGUUGCUUUCACGACCAGAAUUUAUCAUCCUAAUAUUAACAGUAAUGGAAGCAUUUGCUUGGAUAUUUUAAGAUCGCAAUGGUCUCCAGCACUCACUAUAUCUAAAGUGUUAUUAUCAAUAUGCUCUCUGCUUUGCGAUCCAAAUCCAGAUGAUCCACUAGUGCCGGAGAUAGCUAGGAUAUACAAAACGGACAGAGAGAAAUACAACGAAUUGGCACGUGAAUGGACGCGCAAGUAUGCCAUGUGAUCCGCCAAUAACCGUUAACCUCAACAUCUGUAUACCACCAUCAAACAGUCCCAGCCUAAAUGCCAUUUAUCAAUCAGCACCGAUUCAACCUAGCUAUGGCUCGUCUGUCCUUUAAGUAAAAUAAUGAACAUCACGUCGUCUAAUUCAGACUUCCGGGCUCCGCAGGGCACCGCAGGCCAGCUGUGAUCGUUCCAUAGUAAGAAGUUCCCUCCUCCCUGGGUACCCUGCGAAUUUCCAUGUCGGUGCCAUGAUGGCAACUAAAAGGCGUUUUAGAAAGGAUCAAGGAUAAGGUGGUUCAUCCUUCAAAUAAUUAAAAAAAAGAAUAAAUUUGUAAUCUAUGGAUCGAGAAAACAACAGAAACAGGAAUGAGACACAAAAAACCAACAUUGUUCGCUUUGAUUUUCGCAGAAAUAAACGAGAAUUUUUAACUGGAAAAUAAUAAGACAACAUAGGCGAGUGAAAGUAGGAUUUGUAUUUGAAUUUAAUAGUCUAAUUUCUAUGAUCGUACUUAUAUUGCUGUAAUAUCUUUGCAUAUAUGUCUACUUUCUCAGUGGAAAAAAAGAAAACAGAAAAACGUUAUACGCGAACGUACGUAAAUAAGGAAUAUGAAAGAAUAUUGUGCAAAGUAACUUCAAAAUGGCAGCGCACCGAUUGUUAGUUUUAAAUGCAAUGAGCGAUCCACACGCCCGUCCCUCGAUACGAUGCGGUCAUUUUUUUGUAAGACUGGGCUCUAUAUAUAUAUAUAAACUUCUGAAAACGAU